UUCUCGCAUACCGGAAGGCACCUGAGCUCGACUUUAUGUUCUCCGAGAAGGUUAGUAAAGAGUUGUCAUGACAACUACCAAAUCAAUCUUCAAUCUUCUGACCUCAAGCUCUCAACUAGUUACUCUUUCUGUGGCCGAAGGAGGGUCCCUCCAUGCGUGAUGCCCUUGGCACCGACCUGGAAGCUCUUGAUCCUAUUCGUAUUAGGUUCACGUGUCACCUGUUCGUUGACAAGGAAUUGCCUGAUCACAUCUGCGCUCUCGGCUACGAGCAAGCCAAAAUUGGCCAGCUUGUCCAGCUCCUGCGCAACAAAUGGGCCGAGAUUAUGGCAAACAGUCUCGUCAAGUCCAAAAUCUACUUGGUUGAGCCCCUUGGAAGCGGCCAUGGUGAGGUCUCCGCGAGAAAAGAAGCAGGCUUUGUUAGACCACUAUUUCGCACAAUUCCAAUGAGCAAGGCCGAUAUGGAUAGUUGGCCGGGCCGAGCUGAGCUGAUCCGAUCAAGGAACAAUGCCCAUCUUCUCAAAGUGAUUGACAAAUGCUUGAAAAGUGUAGUUUACGUGCGUGGACACCUUCGCAUGAGAGCCAAUAUCGGCUUGUUCGUGCUCGAUUACUACCGUCAGCCAUCGCAGGGAAAACCGGCGUGGGGCUUUGAGGAAUUCCGUGAGAUGUUGUUCCAUGAGAAUACGAAGGGUCGCCUGAUCCCAGGUCUGAAGAUCGACCAGUCUGUGUUGCUUCCUAGACUGCUUUCUGCCACCAAUCUUCUUGAGCCGUACGACCGUACCAUGGACUCCCUGAAACAGCCCGAGCCAGCAUUCUCUGUGAACUUCGAAUUCUCCGGUCAAAAGAAUUCUCUGCUACGCUUGGAGGCCGAGUUCGCGAAAUGUUCUGGAGCACGCGAUUACGCAAUGACGCAAAGCCGCUGGCUUAAGCCACGCAAGCUCGGCCAAGUUAAGGACUCGCGCUCACCCUUGCAGGUUGGAAUCAUCGACUUUGAAAGGUCUGAUUGGCAGCUGGAAAUUGCAUCGCUGGAGUUCUAUGAAGCAACUGCAAUCGAGAGAGCUUUACGCGAAUUUUCCCACACGAUCAAAUUCAAGAGCAACGAUGUUAUGGGUGACAUCUCGGCUAAUCCUGUUCGCAAAGUCAUCUUCCACGCCUCAGCACCAGUCUCCCGCUUCAUCGAGAAGACGGCUAUUCGUUACCGCCUGAAGGGGACCAGAUAUAUUCUGGAGAUAGCGCGAUACGACGAAUACACCCGAACCUCCGCAAAUGAUUCGGCUUCUCUGAACCUGGCGGCACCCUUUGGAAAACCUCGAGUUUCUUGGGGAGCAUCGGUCUUCGACUUCACUUGGGACAAUUUGCUGGGUAAACAUGCCAAUAUGGCCGUGGGACAUGCAGCCAAGUACGAUCCGAAUCUUCAGACCUUUUUCCCGGCCGCAAAUGAGUCGGAGGACAAGUCCCAGGGUCUCUGGGAAUUCAUCGAUCUGAUCAAACGGGUUGCAGCCCUUCUAAGGUCCGGACCGCCCCGCACCCUUCCAGCCACCGGUAGUGUCAAGGCUAAGUCUGAUGAUCGUUCGACAAGCCCGGCCUCCAGCGGCAAUGCUAGAGCUCUAGAUGCAGACCUCGGGACUUUGUUCUAAGUCACCAGAACGACUGCCCUUCGGGGUAGUGUGGAGAGCUACGUUCUCUUUUUCAGAAUGUUGUUUUAAUACCAUGGCAAGAGGAUCGAUUAAUGCCUGUUUUUUUGUUCU